CCAUUGAAAUUUGUGACGUAGCCGCCAACCGAAGCUAUAGUAUCUGAAGAGCGAGUACAACCGUCAAGAAAGCCCCAAAGCCCCAACGAAGCACAACACACAACGCAGCGUCGAAAAAUACGAAAAACGUUCAGAAAAUUGCCGUGCAGCUGAAGCUGAACCAAAAACAAAAAAACAAAAAGAAGAAACAUUUGCACACACAAAUACAUACAGAUAGUCAGACUGCGGGAUAGAGAAGAGAGGGGUGCAGAGCAGAAUAAUAAUUAAAAGUAAAGCGAAUUGGAGCAGCGCAACCGGGGGAGGGGAGAAGCAAGACAAAGGCCGCACAGCGAUAGCAGCAGCAGAAGCAGCAGAAAGCAAAAGAAGCCAGAAUAUCGAAGGGGGAAAAAAGCGCGGAAAAGUGCACUUUACACAAAUUCAUACAUAUACACAUUUUUCCACGAGUGAAAGUUGGGCGCACACCGGCCACGCCCCCCGCCCCGCCUGGAAUGAACCGCUCCAACAGUUUUGUCAGCUCCCUGAAGUGGUGGCCCCUGCAGGGCCACAACAGCCAGGCGACACCAGCAGCGCCAGCUUCAUCAGCGCCACCCACCAGCAACGGUGGCUACUCACAGUCGGCGCCCAGCUCCCCGAUCUCUAACUGGCCACCGGCGCUGCAGCAGCAGCCGAAAGCCGGUGGCGGUGUGGUGAGCGCCACCUUCGGCAGCAGCGUUGCCGUGCAAAAACUGCGCGAAUCCAAGUGGUUCAAGCCCGAGGAGCAGCGCAUCUUCUGCGCCGUCGUCGAGUGUGGCUUCAUUGUGGAGGUGCGCAGCAGCGCGGCUGCAGAGGCAGCGGCUGCGGCGGCCGCCGCCGCAGCGGCCGCAGCUGCCAGCGAUAUCGAUUCUCUGGACAUGGACUGUCCGCCCCUUGGCUUGGGCCUGGCCCCAGGCCUGAUGAUAACCCGCAAUGGCAGCAGCAGCAUCAGUUUCCUGGAGACACAAGACGAAAACGAGACGCCAGUGGCGUCCUGGUACGGCAUUGUCCUAUGCAAAGUGGCCAAAGAUAAUAAACCGAAGCCCGAUUCCAUUGAGAUAUUUUCUGUGAAAAUACGUGAGAAUGGUACCUACAAACUGAUCAAGAUGUCACUGGCCGAUAUCUGGAAUCAUGGAUGGGAGUUGAGGAUCAAUAACUUUGCCGACAAGGAGAAGAUGCCCCAUAUCGAGAAGGAUAUACGCAAUCAGUUCCAAGUUUCACUUUCGCAAUCGAAUUGGGACUCCCCGAAGUACAAUGCUACCAAAAAAAAGAGCUCGAGAGAUUUCAAUAUCGCUGGCGCGCAAGGCCAAACAGAGUCUGUGGAACAACAACAAGCAUUUUGUGUACUGGUGCCGGUACGGUAGCCGCCAGCAGGAUGUCCGCAAGCGACAGGUAACGACGAGUGCUAAUCACGUGCUGCUCCAUCUGAUUAACUGAUAAACGGAGCAAGCAGCGGAGGCCAUCUCCCACACACACACACAUAGAGAGAGAGAGAGAGAAGGAAACACACACAUAAAUACAUAUACACACACGCAAAAGCAAAGAAAAAAAAAGAAACAACAUUUACCCACCCAAAAUCCUGCCUACCACCACACAUCACCCCCCCUCCCCCAUAUGCAUUGAUUGUAGUUGCAACAGAGGAACAAAAACACACACACACGACACACACACAAGAACAGGACUGACAGAAACAACACACGGCAUGACAGAAGAGAGAGAACAGAUAACCGUUAAAAAAAACUCGAAAAUCGAAAAUCUUAAGAAUCAUACCUGCUAACUCAUUUGAUGCUUUUGGAAUCGGGCCACAAAUUUUAAUGAAAUAUUGUACUAUAUCUUUCACAGUAGAGAACCCUCCUCGAUCGCUCUAACACACGCUCCACGCUAUUCCCCCCACCACAUCCAACUUCCGUCCUUCAUUUAGCAGCGCAUCAUUCGUUGGUAGCCGCCUGCUUUUAUUUUGUUUGAAUGUGGCAGGAACGGAACUCUUGUGUGUGCGUCUACCGCUUACUAUACUCCUACUCCACCACACUCCGCACACUUCCACCUUCUACCUUCUUGUGCUUCUGCCUUGCUCUCUGUACCCCGCUGUACGUGUUUUAUUCUAUACACAUCGUCGUGAAAAACAAAUCUAUAUGUAUCUUGCAGAUGUCGGAGUGCGUGAAAUGGGGCAGCGUUGGCAUGAAUGCGGGCAUGUUGUUGGUGCUAAAUAAUAGACAGAAAUGCUAUUCCCACUCAAAGUAACCGCCCGUUUGCGCCCCCUCUUCUACUCCACUCAUAAUGAAAACCAAAAACAAAAAGAGAAAAAAAACCAUAAGUAUUCAAAGUUAUGAUUCCGAUGAUAAGAGACGACGGCCCCAAAAAGUACCAAAUACAAAUUGCAAAAAUGUGUAGUGUACAAUUUGUAAGUGCAAUUCAGAUCAGGGUAAAAUCCCCAACAAAGGGAGAGAGAGUGUAGUAGUAUGUUCAUUUGGCAGUAUUAAAAUACCAUGCAAAAUACCAGAGAGACACACAGAGACGAGACACAACUGUAUUCCAUACACACACACACACACAAACAGAACCCUCAAACAAAAAUGUUGCAACUCCGAUCGAGGAGCCACCAAAAAAAAUCGUAUCCAAACAAAAUACUUUUGUAUCGGACAAACACAGCCACCCACCCACCCACACACAAACACACACACACACACAGAAAGAGA